AAAUAUAAUUUCAGCAGAAUAUUGCAGUGUAUGACUAGACGUCUAGAAAUUCUUCAAUUAAUGGUCAGUGCUGCUGCUCAUGGCAAUGGCUCAGUUUUGCUUCUCUGCUUCCUUGUGUUACAAUUCUUGCCUCCCAAGAAAUGCAACUCUUUCUCUCACACUUUGUAAGCCACUGAAAAAUGGGGUCUUUAGCUUCAACACAAUCCAAUGUUGUACGAGCCAGAGGGAGGCCAUUGAACAUUCUGAUAAUGGGUUGGCUAGUUUUCCUGAAAAGCACUUGCAUAGGAAGUCAGCUACUAGUACUAAAGCACCCCCUCCUAGACCGCGCCGGAUAAUCUUGGUUCGACACGGGCAGAGUGAAGGAAAUGUAGAUGAGAGUGUUUAUACAAGAGUUUCUGAUCCAAAGAUUGGACUGACAGAGAAAGGGUUGGAGGAUGCUGAGCAAUGUGGGAAGAGGAUCAGGGAAAUGAUUGAGAAAGACAAAGUGCAUAAUUGGAAGGUCUACUUUUAUGUGUCCCCUUAUAGAAGGGGAAUUGAAACUCUAAAGGGUUUAGGAAGAGCAUUUGAGCGCUCAAGAAUUGCUGGCAUGAGAGAAGAGCCUCGGCUAAGAGAGCAAGACUUCGGGAAUUUUCAGGACAGGGAGAAGAUGAGAGUAGAGAAAGCCAUUCGAAUGCUUUACGGUCGCUUCUUUUACCGGUUUCCUAAUGGGGAAUCUGCAGCGGAUGUUUAUGACAGGAUUACAGGAUUCAGAGAAACAUUGAGAGCAGAUAUCGAUAUAGGUCGAUUUCAGCCACCAGGGGAGAGAAAUCCAAACAUUAACUUGGUAAUAGUUUCACAUGGACUAACACUGAGAGUGUUUCUCAUGAGAUGGUACAAAUGGACAGUGGAGCAAUUUGAGAGGCUGAAUAACUUUGGCAAUGGAGGCGUGGUUGUUAUGGAAAGAGGUUAUGGUGGAAGGUACAGCUUGUUAGUGCACCACACAGAAGAAGAGCUAAGGGAAUUUGGAUUGACAGAUGAUAUGUUAAGUGAUCAGGAAUGGCAAAAAUAUGCAAAACCUGGGGAGCUGAACUAUGAUUGCCCAACACUAAAUUCCUUCUUCUCGCACUUCGACAACGAUUGUGGUGAUGAAAAUGAAAACAAAAUCAACAGCAGCUAGUGAAUAUGAUAUAUAGUAAGAAACAGCAGUUGCUUAGGAUUUAGCUUAGGAGAAACUCUGUAUGUUGUAAUAUUUGAAGUAGCAUGUUGUAAAUUGAACCUCAGAAGUCAGUUAAAAAAGAA